CCUCGUGCAAAUUACACUGUGGUGCCGGUGUCGAGCAUCGUUGGCUGGUGCGACUUUCAUAUCUUUCUCUCUCGGUUAUUUCUCACGAAGUCGAGCAGGCUUUGAGGAAGGCUAGGCGAUAAUGGCCUUAAAAAUAUAUAUAAUUACUAUAUUUUAGCUAUAGGAGAGACGUCGUUAUAUUGUAUACGGCGCACGCUACGGCGAUCUCUGCCUGCCUGCAAGAAAUGUGUGUGUGCUUCUAACUCUAUCGCAUUCUAUGACGGUCUCUCUGUGGAUGGUUCAGUGCAUUCUCACCUUGUUCAUUGCGAAUGUUGCCAUUAAUCCAAAGAUACAAAAAGUGCAAAAUUCUUGUUUAAGGCUAAUUUAUGUAUGAAGCAGAGUAGUUAAAUAUGUAUAAUAGAAGCCUACUCCAUACAGCUUGUUUAUAUCACAGAUUUAUUAUUUCAAAACAACCGAUAUAUCUUUAUAAUAAAGUAAGAUCUCGCACUGUUGCAUACUAGACUACUUUAAAUGUUAGGUUUAAGGGUCUAUUGUCUCCUCUAAGAUUUCAAUACGAUUUUUUAUUCGAUGUUUUACCUAUCAGAUUUAUAGGGACUAUGGUUUCAAAGACGAAAUUAAAAAUAAAUAAUAUUUUGGGAUUCAAAGGCUAUGUCAAGCAAGUAUUAGCUACCAAGAAAAGUCUAUAAGUAAUUCAAAUCGAACAAGCCAGUAUUUUAUUGGAUAUACUUAUAUAAUGGAAUUAUUAGCAGAAUAGUAUUUUGGUUAGGAUUACUUAGAAUAUAAUAUGAUUUAAACGGUUAAGUGGAAG